AUGUUCGUCACAAUCCUCGUCCAAGCCCGCCGCCAACCAACCAUCACCCAAUCCGCCUUCCGGACACAAUACGAGUCCUUCGUGUCCCUCGUCCGCGCCCUAGCAGGCGACGCAUUCCCCAUCGUGCACCGCAGAACCUACAUCGCGCACUCAACCACACUCUGGGAACCGCUUCUCGGCAGCAACCCGCUCAUCAACAGCAUCGACUACGACGUCCUCGCUGAGCUGACCUUCGAAGACCACGCGGCGUACGAGCGCUUCCGGGCGAAGCUCGCGGAGCCAAGUGUUGCGAGGCAGAUGCAGGACUGUGCGGCGCGGUUUAUUGAUACGUGUGCGAUUGCGAUGGCGGCGGUCGGGGAGGUCAAGGAGACGAGGAGGGCGCCUGAGUGGUUUCGGGGGGUGGGGGAGAGGUUUCUUUGGGAAUAG